AUGAAGCUCUCCACCCUCCUCCUCGUCGCGUCGGCCCUCGCCCCAGCCCUCGCCCUCACCAACAAGCAGCACCUGCGAGCGCUGUACGACGGCGUGACGGACGGCACCGUCUCGCGGGCCGAGCACGACGCAUAUGUCAGCCAGGCAGGCAACAGCGCCGACGUGCACUACACACAUCUCACGCCGGCGGGCGAGGUCGUCGUCCACUGGCGCAACGGGUCGACGACGACCCUCGGACGCGCCGACCGCGCGUGGCUCGAGCUCGCCAUCUCGAGCAGCGACGACAACGAGUACGACCCCGCGCGCGCAUCCGCCGUCACCACCAAGCAGCACAAGCCGCCAGCGUUCGUCAAGCAGCGCAAGGCCCGCCUCCUCCCCCACCUCUUCGGCCAGCCGUGGUAG